UUGGACCACGCAAUAUAUGCAUUCAUCCCAAUGUACAUCAUGACAACUGUACAUAAUGAACGCCUCGACCUUCCAUCCCAACCAAUGAUGCCGCUGGCUAAAGCGAGAUGUCGGGCGGUAAACGGGAGAAGCAUUGCGUGCUCGGUGUGUUCUGGGGUACUUGAUUUUGCUACGCUGCUCGCCCUUUUCAUCGCACCGCGGUAGCGGCCGACAGACGAGCGCAACUACCUUAUCUUGAAGUAAUUGAUUUAAAUCAAAAUAUCUAGAACCACUGGAGUUGUAACGAUCUAUCUGAGAUCGAGACAACAUCGAUGAUCUCAAUAUUUGUCGCUCCCGACCCAAGGUUUUGGAAAAUAUUCGUCGAGUAGCGACCUGAGCAGUAACAACGUCGACAACUUGCCCAGUGGACAAGGAGGACAGUCGCAAUGGAAUCUGUGUUUGUGUUUUUCCAGCAAUGCAAUCCGAAUAAGCCCCCCGCUACUUAAAGGGGAGGCCAUGUGCGAUUCCCUGACAAAUUACUUGGGGUAUUUGAUUUUGCCCAUGUCGCGCUGUUCAGCUUGCCGCUCGACCACUUUCGUGGUUCAAGUACGGACAAUUCAACAGUACGCGACGGCCACCCAACUACACACCAGAGAACACGAGGGCCUCAAGGGUCCUGACCACCUGGGCCAGUAACGCCUUGACUCGGGACCACUGAUG